GUUUUUCUUCCGGGUUGAGAUCAUGGCGUGUUGCUGAACAACAUACGUCUUAAACAACAACAAACAUGGCAUCAAUGGAGGAGGACUUCCCUCGAGGAGGGACAGCGAAGAAGCCUACUCAAAGUAAAAUCGUGGCGCAAAGACCAGAAGUGGACAAUCUAUUUCAGUCAAAAGAACAAACAGAAAAUAAGAAAAGAAAGGGGGCUGGCAAAGGUGAUGCCAAGAAAGGCAAGAGGCAAAAGACGGAUGAAAUAAACAAAGUCAGUCUGACACUCAACGCAGCAGCCAAAUGUGUGGAAAUCCUACAUGUCAAGAAUGUCAAGGAGGGUAUGCUGAUGCUGGGCUGUGUGAAGGAGGUGACAGACUUUGAGGUGACAGUCAGUCUGCCUUGUGGCAUGCAAGGCUUCCUCAGCAUCAAGAACAUCUGCGACUCUUACACCAAGCUCCUCACUGAGCAGCUAGAUUCAGGAGAUGCAGAGGAGAUCUGCUCCUUGCCACACCUCUUCCACACUGGCAUGCUGCUGAGAUGUGUGGUUGCUCGGUUGGAUGUGGCAAAGGGAGGACUGCUUAGCAUUCAGCUGUCAGUCAAUCCAAAGCUGGUCAACAAGAGUCUCACUUCAAGCUCUCUGAAAGCUGGCAUGGUCUUGAGUGGUUUCGUGGAGAGUGUAGAAGAUCAUGGCUGCAUAGUUGACAUUGGUAUCAGUGGAACCAAAGCCUUCCUGUCCAUGAAAGCCAUAAAGGCCAAAUACAACAAUCCUGAAGAGUUGAAGGUGGGUCAUUACGUGACUUCUCGAGUAGAGGACAUAAAGAACGAUGGUCGAGUGGUCCACCUCUCUGUGAACACCUCCACCAUUUCCCAGGCCUGUGCUGAACCCAAGCAGGGCUGGAACCUCACCAACCUCCUGCCUGGUCUUCUGGUUAAAGCUACCAUCAAAAAGGUGACCAAACAUGGUCUGCUCUUGGACUUCCUGUCCUCCUUCAGUGGCCAGGUGGAUUUUCUGCACAUGGAGCCAGAACAGGCCGGCUACACCGAAGGGGAUCAGGUACAAGCAUGCGUGCUCUAUGUGGAGCCGUCCACCCGUCUAGUAGGACUGAGUUUACGCAGCUACCUCGUUCAGCCCGGGAUGACACUCGACCCGAUCCCUGCUGGUGGAGACCGAAUUGGUGAGGUGGUCAAAGACUGCAAGUUGACCGCUAUGCACCACCAGUCUGGAGCCAUGCUGGAGAUGCCAGACAAAACAUUGGCCUUUGUACAUAGGAACCACUUGAAGGAGCCUAAUGAGACAGCAAAUGAAAACCGAUUGUCGGCCAUGUCCGAACACACCUGCAGGAUCCUGAACUUCAGCCCAAUGGACCAAAUCCAUUUUGUUAGUUUACGAAAGAGCAUCAUUAAGAAGCCUUUUUACAGAUACCAGGAUCUUCAGGCAGGUCAGGUUGUAGAGGGGACUGUGUCAGUCCUGCUGAGUCAUGGGAUGGUGGUGCAUAUCUCUGACCACAUUAAAGGUCUGGUGCCCCGAACACACCUUUCUGACAUCGUGCUCAAGAACCCAGAGAAGAAGUACACUGAGGGCAUGAAAGUCAAAUGUCGGGUGCUGACAGUAGACGCGGAGAAUAAGAAGCUGUACCUGACCAGAAAGAAGGCCCUGGUUGAAAGCUCCCUGCCUCUGAUCCUCAGCUACUCUGAUGCCCGACCUGGCCGGGUGUCCCACGGGACCAUCGUAUGUGUCAAAAAUUUUGGCUGCAUUGUUCGUUUCUACAACCACGUCAAGGGUCUGGUGCCGCUCAACGAACUCAGCUAUGAGCCCGUCCUCAAUCCGGAGGAGGUCUUCUACGUUGGACAGGUAUUAAAGACUAAAGUUCUUCAGUGUAAUCCUGAGAAGGCAAAGAUGAUUCUGUCAUUCAAGGCAGCGCUGGAGGGAGAGAUUGAGGAAGCUGCCAAGCCUCAGUAUGAGUGUGAGGUGGGGAAGAGUCUGGAGGCAAAGGUGCUGAAGAAGUCGGUGAAUGGUCUAGAUGUGGCCAUCCUCCCCGAUGAGAUCCGUGCUGUGCUACCCACGGUGCACCUGUCUGAUCACAUAUCUAACUGCUCUAUGCUGUGGGAGAGCCUGCAGGAAGGAGACGUCAUCUCAAACCUUAUGUGCUUCAACAACAACAAGCAGAUUUUUACUCUCACCAAGAAACCAACUGUGAGAUGGUCGCUGGAAGAAGGAGUGGUCGCCAAAGAUUUCUCCGAGAUCACAGUUGGACUUCAGCUGGUCGGCUGGAUCAAGAACAUCAUGUCGUAUGGCGUCUUCGUAGAGUUCCCAUACGGCCUUUUUGGUCUGGCACCCAAAUCUGCCAUGACGGACAAGUUCAUCAGUGAUACGACGGCUGCUUUCCAGCUGGGCCAGACAGUCCUGGCUAAAGUCACCAACCUGGAUGAAGAGAAGCGGCGAUUCUUGGUCACACUGAAGAUUUCUGAGGUCAUUUCUGCAGAGAGCAACGUUCAGACCAGACUCAUCAAUGGUCUGCAGGAGAGAAGAGCUGUGUUUGAAAUGUUGGCUCUGAGAGAUAGUGAUGAACUGCGCCAGCAGUUGGCUGCUCUGACUGUUGGUCAGAAGCUGAUGCUGACUGUGGAUACUGUGAAGGACGACGGGGCCACAUUUAAGUCUGAUGACAUGGUCGGUGCCACCAUUCAAGCCACUGAGCACCAAAUAAUGGGCGUCAACCUCACUGCAGGACAGAAAGUAACUGCGGUCAUCCUUCAUGUUGACAUCUUCUCUGCCUGUGUCCAUGUUUCCCUCCUCUCCAAGCUGGUGGGGAAAAAGAAAUCACUGACUGAAGGAUCGAAUUACACAGCGAUGGUACAGUACGUAGACAAAGAGUUUGCUGUCAUCUCACUGGAUGAUACGGCGCAACUGACAGUGAUCCAAGUUACCAGCCACCUAAAUGAGAUCUUUCCGAUGAAGCUGAAGCCGGGCAUGCCUUUGGCAGUUGAAGUUAUAGAGCCAAGUUGCAAAGAGCUUCAAGGGCUCCCCUUGGUGUCUUGGGACCGCAGUGCAUCAAAACGACAGCGCACCACCUCAGAGAACCUGACGGGGUCCAAGGGCCACUGCUUUGGUGAAAUCCUACGCGGCAAAGUACGGACCGUGAAGCCGACCUGCAUCCAGGUUGUACUAGAAGAUGGGAGCACGGGCAGCGUGCACGUAUCUGAGGUGUUGGAGGCUGCAGAAGUGUGCCUGGGAUCCUUCCCGACGUCUACAGUGAAGGUUGGCAGCGAGGUCACUGCUAGGGUGAUCGGAGGAAGAGACGUCUCCAGUCACAGAUUCCUGCCUUUCUCUCAUCCCAGAUUCAGAUACACUGUGUCUGAGCUCACUCUAAUACCCAGCAAACUGGAUCAGAGUGUAGAUUUCAAACCAGUUACAGUGAAAGAAAAACUGAGCAAAUAUGAGGUCGGGCAAGAACUUACAUGCUUUGUAUCAAAGUUUAAUCCAGAUAGGAAGUAUUUGGAGGUUACCACUGAUCCUUGUGUCACCGGGACGGUUGAACUGCUGGCCAUGAUCACGGAUCCUAAAGAUGCCAACCACCCAGAGAAGCUGUUCAAGCUGGGCCAAGCAGUCCGUGCUAAAGUGGUAGACGUGAGCUCCAAGCCUCAUAGACUUGCGCUCUCGCUCACAGGUGUCCAUAAACUAGAGGAAGGCACCACCACUUUGGGAAUGGUCACUAAUAAUCAGAUGAAGUCUGGCCUCAUGGUCAAACUUCCCUUUGGGGCAAUGGGGAUUGUUGCCAUUACUGACCUCAUGGACGCUUACAAGCCAAACCCUCUUGAGUUGUACAAAAAGGAUCAGCUGGUCAGGUGUUACCUUCUAGGUAAUGAGAAUGGCAAGUGGCAGUUGUCUCUGCGUCCAUCCAGGCUGAACCCAGUGCAGGCCAAGCAGGCAAAAGACCCAGAAGUGUUGUCUAUAGAUGAACUGAGGGCUGGCCAGAUCAUCAGAGGCUACGUCAAGUGUGUGGGAGAGCAGGGGGUUUUCAUCAGGUUGUCAAGAAGCAUCACCGGAAGAGCAGAACUGCAGCAGUCUACCAAGUACUUUGUUAACAGCCACAAGGUCCUCUCUGAGCACCUGCUUCCCAACACCCUUCUCACCACCAAAAUCCUCAGUAUUGAUAGAGAGGAGGAGUUUGUCAAUCUAUCUGUGCUCCCUGCGGACACCGGGAAGCCAGAUGUCCUUCCAGAGUGUCUCGGCCUGCCCCUGCGCCUCACCGGGGAGGAGAAGAAGAAAUAUGACACACAGAAGAGCAAGAAACGUAAACUGUCUGAGAGCGAACAGACCCAGGUCCAAAAGAAGAAGAAGAAGAAAGCAACAAAGAAAGCAAAGACUGAUGACAGUGACAGUGGCGUGGAGGUGUACUUCAGAGAAGAGGAGGAUAAGGAAGUUGAAGAAAAGCCAGGUCCUCCAAAACAGGCGACAUCCAGCUCAGACGGUCCUUCCAGACUACAGGUGGCAGCAGGUUUCUCCUGGGACGUGGGCCUCAGCUCCCUGAAGCCUGCGUCUGCUGCACAGGAGGAUGAUUCCAGUGAUGAAGAGGACCAAGAUGGAAGCUCGAAGGCCCAGAAGAAGACUCGCCAUGAGCUGGAGCUGGAGAAGAAGGCAGCGGAGAAGGCCCUGGUACAGCGAGAGGCCGAGCUUAUGGACCCGAACCUGCGGCCGCAGGACGCGGCUGCCUUCGAGCGCCUCCUCCUAGCCUCACCCAGCAGCUCGCUGCUUUGGCUCCAGUACAUGGCUCACCACCUGCAGGCCACACAGAUUGAGCAGGCCCGUGCUGUCGCUGAGAGGGCCCUCAAAACAAUCUCCUUCAGGGAGGAGCAGGAGAAGCUGAAUGUGUGGGUGGCCCUUCUGAACCUGGAGAACAUGUACGGCACAGAGGAGAGUCUCAAGAAAGUGUUUGAGCGGGCUGUCCAGUUCUGUGAGCCCAUGCCUGUGUACCAGCAGCUGGCUGACAUCUACGACAAGUCCGGCAAAACCAAGGAGGCGGAGGGAAUAUAUAAGACGAUGGUGAAGCGCUUCCGUCAAAAUAAGGCUGUGUGGUUGAGCUACGGGACUUUCCUGCUCCAGCAGGGUCAGAGUGAUGCUGCCAGUGCUCUCCUGCAGAGGGCGCUGAAAAGUCUACCCUCCAAAGAAAGUGUGGAUGUGAUCGCCAAGUACGCUCAGCUGGAGUUCCGUUAUGGCGACGCAGAGAAAGGUCGCAGCAUGUUUGACAAAGUCCUGACAAGCUACCCAAAACGUACCGACCUCUGGUCCAUUUUCAUCGACAUCAUGGUCAAACAUGGAUCACAGAAGGAAGUCAGGGCACUCUUCGACCGAGUGAUUCACCUGAGUGUUUCCGUAAAGAAGAUCAAGUUUUUCUUCAAGCGCUACCUGGAGUACGAGAAGAAGCACGGCACCCCUCAGAGCAUCCAAGCAGUCAAAGAAAAGGCUAUGGAGUUUGUGGAAGCUAAAGGCACCGAAGCUGCAAACUAAAGACCAAAUAUACACAGUCUUAUGCACACUCUGUGUAUGUGGGUGGACUGCAGUGGGCUCCACUCGAUCUGAAGCACGUUUGUGGCUUCAGAUGCACCUACUGGACUGUUGAAGCUCAAAGUCUCUGUUUGAUGCUGUGAUGUUGCAGAACACCACAAACCUUUGUAAAGUAGAUUCUAUCAUCUAUAAAUGUUAAAAACUAAUAUUUAACAUUUCAACAGCUGACCAUUUUUAAACCAUUUUGUAUGAUAAGAGGAAGGAGCUACAAAGAGACAAAUCAAUGUCACAACUGUUAGUUUACUGUAUUUUUUAAACUCCUUCCCUAAAAAACCAUGUUUGAAGUUUUUCUAUAUGUGGUUGAGCUUUCAAUAAAUCUAACACAAGUACAAUACA